AGUGCAGGAAUAGGUGUUGUAAAUGCCGCAAGGAAUACUAUGGCAAGGAUGCUAGGAAAUAACACCUCUGCUUUCGAAAGUGCAAGGAGUCAAUUCUGGGUGGUUGAUGCUAUGGGGCUAAUUACAGAGGAGCGAGCAAAUAUCGAUCCAAAUGCUCUGCCAUUUGCAAGAAAGAUGAAAGAAGUUGGUCACCAAGGAUUAAGGGAAGGGGCAAGCUUGGUUGAAGUGGUUCGACAAGUAAAGCCUGAUGUUCUUCUUGGCUUAUCUGCAGUUGGGGGAUUGUUUUCCAAAGAGGUUUUAGAGGCUCUCAAGGAUUCAACAUCAACUAGACCAGCUAUUUUUGCAAUGUCAAACCCUACCAAAAAUGCUGAAUGCACCCCUGAAGAGGCAUUUUCCUAUGUGGGUGACCAUAUCAUAUUUGCUAGUGGAAGCCCAUUCAAAAAUGUUGAUCUUGGAAGUGGUAAAGUUGGGCAGUGCAAUCAGGGAAACAACAUGUACCUCUUCCCAGGGAUAGGGCUUGGUACUCUUUUAUCGGGCUCUCGUGUGAUCUCAGAUGGCAUGCUGCAAGCUGCUGCAGAAUGUCUGGCUGCAUAUAUGAAAGAAGAGGAGGUUCUCAAUGGAAUAAUAUAUCCAUCAAUAUCAAGCAUUCGUGAUAUAACGAAAGAGGUAGCUGCAGCAGUGGUUAAAGAAGCUAUAAAAGAGGAUCUGGCAGAGGGAUACCGUGAUAUGGACUCCCGAGAGCUUCGAAAACUAAAUCAGGAGGAAAUCGUAACUUUUGUGAAGAACAACAUGUGGAACCCAGAAUACCCAACCUUGGUAUACAACAGGGAUUAAACUAACCCCAGCCAUCCGUAAGCAUUUCCAUCAAGCAGGAGGCAGGAAAAGUUUAGUUACAUAUAUUGCCCUCAAGUUCUUGUAGAGAAGUACAAUAUUUAUUCAGUGUCAAAUUUUUAAUUUGGCACUUUCUUAAAUUGUAGUUGCUAUGCCUAUCAUGGAUUUUGUAGGAGGUUGUAAUUGAGAAGAAGGUUCUUAAGUUUUCUUUUCUUAUUUAUAUAUAAUAAAUUAUCAAACCACCUAUUUUCAGAUAAAAUGAAAUCGUGGAUAAAAGAGAUCUACGAGGCCAA